CACAGUAUUUCCAAUACAAAACAAAGCACAGACAAGCAGAAGCAGAAGCAGCGCCGACCUCCCCUCCCUCCGCCCUUUGCCACCGCUGCUGGGUCUAUUGUCAUCAUCGUCUGCCAUCGUCUGCCACUCCAGUCUGCAGUCCAUCUCAAGGAAUUUGGAAGUUGAAAGAUGAAAAAACAAACUCUCAUUAGUAGUCUUUUUAAACGAAAAUUCCAAGAAAAUGAUGAUUUGGGUGCAACUCCUACUUCAAAUAUUAUUGAGGAUAAGCAAGAAAAUGAAGAUAUUGGUCCAAGUUCAAAUAAUGAUAUUGAUAACCAAGAAAAUGAAGAAAUUGGUCCAAGUUCAAAGAAUGAUAUUGAUAUGCAUGAAAAUGAAGAUAUUGGACCAACUCCAAGUCCAAUUAUUACUUCGGCUUCAAGUCGUUCAACACGAAACUAAAUCGAUUUGAAUGAUCUCCAAUAGACCUCCUAUUACUAGUUAUCAUCCAAAUCAAAUAGACGACAUAAGAAGAGCGUAUCUUGUUAAAAAGGCUUUUCAACCACCACGAGGUCAUGACUUCAAAUGGACAAACUAUUCUAAGGGCCGGAGACGUUUUUAUGUUAAAUGGUUUGAUAAAUAUCAUUGGUUGGAGUAUAGCACUAAACAAGAAAAAGCAUAUUGUUUAUAUUGUUACUUGUUUAAUGAAAGUGUUGGUAAUAAAGGUGGAAGAGAGACUUUUGUAAGUUGAGGCUUUUGUAAUUGGAGUAAACCGGGUGUCUUAAAAGAACAUGUUGGGUUAGUUAAUAGUAUACAUAAUAAGGCGGUGCAAAAAUGUGAAAAUCUCUUGAACCAAAAGCUAUCCUAUGAUGCGAAUGAAAAAAGGCGUAACAAGGAAAGAAGGAUUGGAAAUCGGUAUCGAUUAAUGGGGUCUGUUCGUAGUGCUGGAUUUUGUUUAGAAAAUAGUUUACCGUUUCGUGGUCAUGACGAAUCUGAAAACUCUCUUUAUAAAGGUAUAUUUCUUUCGGUUUUAAAGUUGAUUAGUGUGAACAACCCGGAUAUUAGUAAGUACACUUUAGGGAAGGCGAAGAAGAAUAAUAAGUUGACAGCUCCAUCGAUUCAAAAAGAGAUUGUCGAUUGCUAUGCGAAAGAAGUAACCAAAAUGAUUUGUGAAGAAAUUAAAGACGAUGUCUUUGGGUUGUUAGUAGAUGAGUCUAGCGACGUGUCUUUAAAGGAACAAAUGGCCGUAGUUGUGAGAUAUGUCGAUAAGGUCGGAGUUGUUAAAGAGAGUUUAAUUGGAGUUACUCGUGUGAGAAAUACAUAUUCUUUAACUCUUAAGAAGCCAUCGUGUCUUUAUUAGCCGAUAACCAUUUAAGCAUAGAUCAAGUCAGGGGUCAAGGUUAUGAUGGUGCAAGCAACAUGCGGGGAGAGUUUAAUGGAUUAAAAGCUUUAAUUCUGAAAGACAAUCCAUCGGCACAUUACAUACAUUGCUUUGCUCAUCAACUUCAGUUAGUGAUUGUGGCUGUAGCAAAAAAGCAUGAUGGUGUUAAAGAAUUUUAUGAAACUCUUGGCAUGGUUGUUAAUACGGUUGGUGCCUCUUGCAAAAGAAAAGAUAUGAUGUUGGAGGCAAAAAAAGAGAGAGUGGAAAACGAAAUUCUAGCGGGUGAAAUUAACACAGGAAAAGGAUUAAACCAAGAGGUUUCUCUUGCCCGACCCGGAGACACACGAUGGGGUUCUCAUCAUAGAACCAUCAUAAGUUUGUUGAAAUUAUUUCCGGAAGUUGUUGAGGUACUUACUUUUAUUAAACAAGAUGGAGAGACCUUUCAACAACGAUCCAAUGCGUCAGGUAUUCUAUCAUAUUUUGAGAGUUGAAUUUGUGUUUUACAUACAUUUGUUGAACGAUAUCUUAGGCCUCACAAAUGCUCUAUCAAAACAUCUACAAAAAAAGAGUCAAGACUUGUUAGAACCAUCUCAUUUGAUAAGCGGGACAAAACGAGCUUUGAAUCAUUUAAGACAAAAUGGGUUUGAAAAGAUGUUAGCAAACGUAACAUCUUUUUGUGAAAAAAACAACAUUAAGAUGUUAGAUAUGGCGGAAAGUUAUGGUAAUAAAAGAAACCGAAAGUAUGUCAUUACUAACGGACAUCAUUUUGAAGUUGAGGUUUUUAAUACGGUUUUGGAUAUGCAACUUCAAGAACUUGGAAGCCGAUUUAGUGAGGUCUCAACUAGUUUGAUAGAUAAUAUGUCGGGUUUAAAUCCUUGUAAUUCGUUUGCUAAAUUUGACAUAUCAAAGAUAGUGAAGUUUUCUGAAAUGUAUGGGAAUGACUUUAAUAAAGAAGAAAGAGGGGUUCUUACGGGUGAUCUUUCGACAUUUUAUCACACUUUAAAGGAAGAUGAUAAAUUUGCAAAUUUAAAUUUAACUGGAUUGAGUGACCUUGCUCGUGUAAUGGUGGAAAACCGAAAAAAUGAAACUUUUCCUUUGGUUUAUCGAACAUUGAAGCUAGCACUGGUUUUACCGGUUGCAACCGCAACCGUUGAAAGAUGUUUUUCUAAAAUGAAGCUUAUCAAGACGGAUUUACGCAAUCGGAUGGGUGAUGAGUAUUUGAACAACGCUCUAAUUUGUGCGAUCGAAAAAAAAAGUUUUUGUAAAGUAAAAGAAGAGGAUGUCAUGGCCCGGUUUCAAGCUUUCAAAAACCGAAGAGGAGAACUCAUUUAGGAAGGAGGUAGCAUUUGGAUCGCAUGUUGGGAGAAAUUCAAACCACGUCAUAAAAAACAUGCGCCAUGAGUUUUGCAUAAGUCAUAAAAAAGUAAAGGAGUUUUGCAUAAUAUUCUUUUAUGAAUGGCAAGAGUUUUGCAGGCUAGGCCCACUGAGAGCAGCCCAAGUUUCUUGGCACGACGUUCGUUUUCUGGCAGAGAAUAUUAAUACAACUCAUCGUUUUUCUUCCUAAACCCUAGAAAUUCAAAAUCAAAAUCAAGAUGUCAGACCACAUUCCAUUCGAAAUACAAAUGGACAUCAUGAAAAAGUUUUCUGUGAAAUCGUUGCUUCAGUUGCGAUCUGUCUCCAAAGCAUGGAAGUCUCUCAUCGACAGUUCUGAUUUUGUAAAGCUGUAUAGCAACCUACAGCAACAUCUACUUCUAAGGUAUGACCAUCAGUACAAAUUAGAUGAGCCAGAAUAUGUUUCAAUUGUUGAUGAUCAUACUUUUCCGGAACAGAAAGUUUCUCUAGCUAUUCCCAAACAAGUUAACUUGCUUGAAGAUUCCCGCACAAUCGCCAGCUCUCAUGGCUUGUUGUGUUUGUCCGGUUUUUAUGGUGGUCGUUGGAUGGUAGUUCUCUGGAAUGUAUCAAUUAGAAAAGCUGUAGCUGUUGAUGUGCCUAAUGUGGCAGGUGGGAAAUAUAAAACACUUCUAGGUUUUGGGGUUUGUGGUGAGACUUGUGAUCCUAAGAUUGUCAAGAUUGCAUAUAUUGAUCAUUGUUACCAGAUGGAGAGUAUACCUGAAAGCAUCCCUUGGCAAGUUGAGGUUUUUACCUUAAGCACGAGGGCUUGGAGGCAACCACAUAGUAGCAAUUUUCCUCGUAAAUCAAUUAGAUUUGGCAGGAAACAGGUAGUUUUAGAUGGGUUUCUUUAUUGGAUUGCUACUGAGUGGAUUGCUACAGAUGGUGGAUUUAGGGGCAUAAAUCUGAUUAUUUCAUUUGAAACAACAUUUGAACAAUUUAGAGAAAUAAACCUCCCAAAUGCUUUAGCACACUACCAACCUUAUCGUGAGUUGUUCAUAUCUAAACUAAGGGAGUCUCUUGUCGUGCUUCAACGCAAUGAAUAUCACAGUAAUAGUUUCUUUGUAUGGAUGAUGGAGGAUGGCAUUCCAAAAUCGUUUACAAAGAUAUUCACUAUUUGCACACCAGGUGAAACACUUAUAUCAGUACCGGGAUUUAGGAAGAGUGGUGAACCAAUAAUUGAAAUUUCAACCUAUCUUUGGCACCCCUAUGAAGACAAUUCAUGGCUUGUUGUUUAUGAACCAUACUCAAAAGACAUCAGUGAUAUUGGGAUUAGUGAAUGGAUGUGUUCAUUUUCUUUGUAUUCUUACAUGGAAACACUACUUCUGCUUGAUCAACCAGAUCUUACAACUUAUGACAUUUGAAAGUGGAGAGCAAGAACUGAAGUUUUAGUUAUUCUAGGUUUAUAUUUUAAAUUCUGAUUAAACUCUAGCUCUUUUGCUUGUAACGUGAAAGGCAUGUUGUCUCGCUUGUGGUUGAUCACACGUACCCCCAGCAAAUGUUUGAUUGAUGAACUGAUUAUGCUAUAUAUGAUAUAGCGGCUGAAGAAUUUGGCAUUGUGGGUCUUUUAUAUCUUAAAAAGCUUUGAGUCUCAUAUGGUGUUUUAAGCACAUGUAAAACUCAACUUGAUGGAUGGUGUUAGAAUUUGAGUA